GCAAUGAGAGCAACAUCUAGCUCUUUAGUUUUAGACUUGUAACAAUAAGAAUAAUGGUCCCACUACUCAAACCCAUUGUCUGUGACAGAGCGACUAUAUGUUACUUCUGAUGAAUGAAGCAGCUUUGAAAUUUUUCUGGCUAAAAGCAAAAUACCACUUGCAUCAGAGGGAAACGAUAUACAAGAAAAAAAAGCAAAGGAGCGGAAAAUAUAUUAGAAAAAAGGGUUCAUUCAAUUGAUUUAGCUUAAAAGCAUUGGAAACCGAACUCACAAAAGUGAAUUCUGUAAGAAUUAGCAGGAUCUUUGGAUUACCUUUGGGCUUUCUUCUAGCGGUUAUAAUUUUGCUUAUAUUAUUAUUUCUUACAUAUUCUUUUCUUUAAAAAAUGGCGCGAAUCACUAACAUGGGAAAGAGAAAAAAGUUCUUGGAGGCUACGCCCUACCAAGCAAAACCAGUUGAAGCUGCGAGAGAUGACUCUCCAAACAACAACGGUGAUGGCUCUGCUGAGGACCCUAAGAACAAUAUGAACAAUCGAGCAGACUCGAAGUCGGAUCAGCGACAGCGAAAGAGCCGUUCAGAACAUCGAAGGAUAAGGAGACAGAAUAUGAGAAUGAAGGAUAAGUUUUGUUUUGCAUGCAGAAAACCAGGUCAUAUAGUACAACAUUGCCCUGAAGCGAAAUCAGAGGUCUCCAUUUGCUUCCGCUGCGGAAGCAAAGAACAUACUUUAAGUGCCUGUCCCAAAAAGGGACCAUUGCAGUUUGCAGUUUGCUUUAUUUGUCACGAAAAGGGUCACUUGGCUGGUCAAUGUGAGAAGAAUCCCCAUGGUCUAUAUCCUAAAGGUGGUGGUUGUAAGUUUUGUGGAUCUGUUCACCAUUAUGCCAAGGACUGUGACCAAGUACGCAAGGAGGAUGUUAGUUACGGGCAUGUUUUGGCAACUGCAGGUACGACAGGUGCCGAUGAAGAUGUCUUUCAUGAAUAUGCAAGGGAGGUUAAUAGGCCUUCUGCGCCAAAACCAUCUUCUAAACCAGCAAAGAAAACGGUUACGUUUUGAGCGCUGAAAUUUAGUUGAAAAAAAAGAAAUACGGGGUUUUAGUAGGUACGGUUAUGUUUGGGACGUGAGUCCCGAUCUAUGGUAAUAAAUCAAAGUCAAGUCAAGAAUGUUUAGGUUCACGUGUAUAAAAAAAAGGCUUUCUUUCCAAGAUGAUAGACUCAUUAAAGAUAUAUCCG